UCAAUCUGCGCCGUAAUCCGUGGAGAAUAAUGGCGGUUGCUCAACCGAAGCUCGAGAAGGAGAACGAAGAUUGUUCUUUGUUGCCUUUAGUUCAUGAUAUUAUCAAAUGCAUGGACAAAGAGAGCCAGGAUGUCCAUCAGGAGCUGGCAAAGCUGAAGGCAAAGAUCCAGGAGGCUCGGGAGCAGAUCUCCAACAUGCCGGGAAUCGACAGCAGUCCACAGGAGCAGCAGCAGCAGCUGGCCACGCUGAGAGAGCAGGUCCACACCAAGAAUCAGCUGCUGCAGAAAUACAAAAGCCUCUGCAUGUUUGAUGUGCCGAAAGCAUCAUGAGACCGACGACUGCUGCACUGACGGAGGAAUUCAUCAUUAACUAUGCAAACAUGAGAUGGGCACUUAAUAAAAGAGGGACUGGUUUAUCCUCCAGCUGCCCUGCAGCGAUAUGCUUUUGAACGUCUUGUAUUCAUUUGUUCAUAUUGUGUAAGAGUGUGAAUUAAGUUAUCUUUACUGAAGAUUUUCUUUGUAAAUAUUUUUGUAAUUAAACACUUCUUUUUAUAACUUUA